AACUAUUAAAUAAUACAUAAACAAAAAUAUAUUUAAAGAAAAAGUAAAUGAAAUGAAAAUAAAUAGAAAUUAUAUUUAAAUGGAUCGUGAUAUGGUCGAGAAUUUUUAUCAUAAUACCCUAAAAGAAGUCCAAGAAAUAAGUACCAAAAUAUGUAAUAAAGAGACUGAAGCAGAAGAAAAGGAAUACAAACACCGAAUAGAUGUCAAAGUGUUUUUACAAAAGGUAAAACAUUUAGAAUACGAACAAGAAAAAUCCAAUUAAGCAAUUGAAAAAGACGGUAUAGAUGCUAAAAAGCUUGAAGACGAUUAUUUCGAUGACCGUACUCUUCAAAUGAAAACAAAUAAGAAGUAACUAAAAGACGAAUAUUAAUAAAGCGACAAUCAUUAUAUAAGUGAGGUAAAUCGUGAGCAAGAAUAAAACGAGAAACUUAUAUAAAUGCAAAAAUAAAACUUUGAAGAUAAAAUAAAACAAUUAAUUUAAAAAUACGAGCAAAGACUUGCAAAAUUAAAAGAUGAUCUAGAGCUUAAAUUAAAGGUAGAAAUCCAUGAAUUAGAAGAAAGGAAGAAUCUUCAUAUAAACGAGCUUAUGAUGAACCAUGAUAAUGCUUUUGCGGAACUAAAGAAAUACUACAAUGAUAUAACUGCCGAGAAUUUAAAUUUGAUAAAAGCACAUAAAGAGAAAAUAGCCUAGAUAUAUGCCAAAAUAUAAACCAAUAAAAAAAUAGUAUAAGAACUACAAGCCGAAAACGAUAAAAUGAAAAAACCUCUUGAAGAUAAAAGGAAAAUCAGGGACAAAUUAAAAGAAGAUCUUAAAUAAUUUUCCAAACAUAAAAUGUCUUUAUAAAAUCUCAAGUCUAAAUAAAUCACUCUAAAGGAAAAAAUCAAUAAACUAUAAAUAGAUGGACAAGAUCUUGAUAUUAAAUAUGAAAAAGUCAUUAAAGAAAAAAAGAAAUGGAAGAAAAAUUCGAAUUAAUCACUACAGAAGUCAAAUAAAAUGCUAAUUUACAUAACAUUAUACUUUCAUAAAGACUAUAAUAAAUCAUAAACUAAUAUAACGCAAAAGAAGAAGAACUUAAGCAUAUUAUAUAAUAAUCCGGAAUAGACCAAAAUGUAUAAAGUCAACUCAAAAAUAAAAUCUAGCUUAUAAUGA